CGUUACCAGACACCCGCUGUAUUCUGUUAUCCCCGAUAAUUUACGCCAAAGUUAGGUAGGAUAUUAUUGCUUGGUCAUGGAAUUGAAUUGUGCCUCUCGCUGGUCGUGCUUCUCCUCCCCAAGACCAAGUUCACUUCUUCUCUCACUUCUGAUUGAUGCCGUGACACAAAGUCGCACAAUGGUCACUCGGUGUCUAAGGUCGUGUUUGCAUGUCUUAAACGUUCCCCCUUUUGCUGGUCCUGCUUUACCGUCGUUGCAUCCCCUUUGAGUUUUUCUCCCUCUCUGCCUUUCGACCUCGCUGCCGCCGUCCUCUCGUUUACCUCCACUUGAAAAUUAUUCUACCGAGCCGGCUCCCACUACGGCCCGGCACCUCUCGAGUUGUCUAGCUGAGGAGAGAACAUCCACAGUCAAUGUACCACUAGUCUCAAUCUCGACAUAUUAAGGUCACACAGCUAUUAUGCUGCUCCUCUACGUCGUUCCCCCUUUGUUGCUCUUCCUUCUCCUGAGCAACUGUUACUCGUUGCUGAAGAAUAUUCGCGUUGCUCAGGCUACAGGAAUCCGUUGUGUUGUUGUCCCUUGGUUCAAUUACAACUCCCUCAUCUCAUUGCUACUUGGCAGAACUGUCCUACGCUUUCUCAACAGUGUUCUACCUCCCUCAGCUGUGGACUCCUGGCGACAAUUGGUCACUGCAACUUGGCCACUGCGACUCAGACAUGCGCCAUUCACAAGACUAGGAACCGAUACUUUCCUGACCGUCUCUCCAGGCGGGAUCAUACUCAAUACAGCAGAUGCCGAUCUCAUUGCUCAGAUUACCUCCAGAGGAACAGACUUUCCAAAGCCAACACACAUCUACCGUCCCAUCAGCAUCUAUGGCCAGAACAUUGUUUCUUCAGAAGGGGCAACAUGGAGAUACCAUCGAAAGUUGACCAGCCCAGCUUUCUCGGAAAAGAACAACCAAUUGGUUUGGAAGGAGACCUUGGAUCUGAGUCAGGCAAUGGUUUCAUCAUGGUGCGGUGCGGGCACCUCGAGAACGACAACUCAAGUAGCACCGGACACCAUGCGAUUGUCCCUCGAAAUUAUCGGUCGGGCAGGCCUGGGUCAGCAGAUGGACUGGGACGAUGGUAACGAUUCUCAGGCUCUACCAAUGGGUCACACCAUGAGCUUCUCGUCAUCGUUUCAAUUCAUUGCCCACAACAUCCUCGCGCUUGUCACCGUCAUGGCCCUCCCUUCUUGGUUCGCUAGAAUGCUACCAAUGAAAUUUGUACAGGACGCUUUUCAAGCUUACGACAAUUGGGGUAAAUACAUGGAGGAGAUGAUUGAGUCUAAGAAGCGAGGUAUUCGAGACUCAACGCAACGUUCAGCAGGAGAUCUCAUUGGGCAACUUCUACAGUCAGACACAGAGAAGAAGACGACACCAUUGACUGACAGCGAGAUCAUGGGUAACCUCUUUGUCUUCAUUGUUGCUGGUCACGAAACUUCGGCAAGCAGCCUGCACAUGGCAAUCACGCUUCUCGCUUUACAUCCAUCCGCACAAAAGGAACUGCAGAAAGACUUGGCUCAGAUUCUGAAUGGAAGACCACCCUCAAAGUGGGACUAUGAGAAGGAUUUCCCUCGGCUGCUGAACUCAAUGCUGGGAGCUGUUUGGAAUGAAGAGCUACGAUUGAUAUCUCCAAUCCUUACAGUUCCUAAGAUGGUGUGUGCUCGGCCUCAGAGAAUUAUCGUUGAAGGAAGACAAACGGAUUUACCUGCCAACAUGAUGAUCCGGCUCUGUAUUCCUUCCGUCCACGUCGUAAGUUUACCCUUUGUUACCCAGGACAAACUCUAACCCAUCUCAGAACCCCAAAUUCUGGCCCUCAGGACCGCCAAGCAACCCCUCAUCUCCCAUCUUCCCACUCGACAACUUAGACAACGACCUCGAAGAAUUCAAGCCUUCACGCUGGCUCCUCAAAUCCUCUUCUCCAUCAAACUCUACCCAUCUCAAUCAACACACCAUCGACGAAGGCUACGUCUCCAAACCUGGCACCCCCAUCAGCGAACUACCAUCCUCCAGCACGCCCCUGGCAAGCAAACUCUUCACCCCGCCAAAAGGCGCAUUCAUACCCUUCAGCGAAGGCCAACGCGCCUGUCUCGGCCGUCGCUUCGCCCAAAUUGAGAUCAUCACUGCGCUUGCAGUGAUCUUCAGUCAGUAUUCCGUUGAGCUAGCUGUCGAUGCAUGGGCUAGUGAUGAGGAGGUCAAGGGGAUGAGUCGGGGGGAGAAGAAGGGUGUUUGGGAGAAGGCGGCGGAGAAAGCCAGAGAGAGCUGGCAGGGGAAGUUGAAGUGUACUAUUACUGUGCAGCUUUCUGAGGAGGGAAGAGUGCCGUUGAGAUUUGUGAAGAAAGGGGACGAGAGAUUCUUUGAUGUGGGUGCUUGAUCUGGUGCUUUCAUGGCAAGGCCCCCAUCACCGCUCUUCACAUCAUCCAAACUUUCUUUUGUCUUGUUUUUUUUCCUUUUGCUCAUCUGCAUUCUUGGAGUUGCAUGCAAAGGGGUCAUCAAAUUUGGCCAAUGGGUGUCACAAAAGAAAGGGACAGAUCAAUUGAUGGAACGAUAAUUUGGUGGGCAUAAAUUGGAUGACGGGUUUAGAAACCAGGAAAGAAACGAGAUCAAAAAGAAAUUUGGUGUUUCAAUCUGCUGUCUGCUACGGUAUAUGAUCACCAUGCUGGAUGUGGUGGUUCUUGUCGCAUUGGUGGGAGCCAGGCAUAAAUAGGUUUUAGUGCUGGGAAUAAUGAAUGCUCUUCUCCUCGC